GCUUACAUCGAGUUGAACCAUCUGCUCUCCUGAUGGGUUGAACAAAUAUAUCCUCUUUUUACUCUAUCUCGUUCUGAUCUAGCCCCCGUGUCCCUGCGCCGCAAGAACAAGGGCCUUUUUGUGGAAAACAGAAAUCACAGGACUCACAUGGUUGAGCGCAGAGAAAGUGAGCGAUCCGUGGAAAAGAGAGCAAGGAUCAGAAGCAAGAAGACAGCACAUCAGCAAAGUCAGGCCCCUCUGAAACGGGAUCAAACAGGACGAUCCGAGGACUACGCGAACAUGGAAGAUGCCCCAAGAUGUACAGAGGAGGGGGCAGAGGUCGUGCAAGAAGAGCCAGAGGACUGUGAACAGAAUGAGCAGAAUGGAAGUCUGGAGAUUUCACAGCUGCAGGGCCUGGUGGUGGAGCUGCGCGAGGGGCUCCACGCCGCCCUGACGGAGCUGUGCGAACUGCGUCAGAGGGACCAAAGCCUGGAGGAGCAACUUCAGGCUCAUCAGAGUGACGUGGAUGACAAGAUAAUGAGCCUGAAAAACUCCCUCAACACAUUCAAGGAGGAGUUGAGCACCACCUUGUUCCACAUUAAGGAGAUGUCCAGCCGGCAAAGGGAGAUUCACAGGAGAAUUGAACUACUGCAGUUAGAAAACCCCAAAGAUGUGAUUUCUACGUCACACAGCCGUAAAAGCUCAAAGGCAGAUGUCCUGGCAGCAUCAGGGGAGGAGCACGUCUGCGGGCCCAGCCAAUCAGAGCUCAGCGUCAUUCAACACUAUCUGUCCAGUCUUCCACAUAACGCAUCCCCACAAAGAAGCAACGCCUCCACACACACGUCCACAUCUGAGCCUGAAACGCCGCAGCAGAGAGGUCACGGAUGGGGAGAGAGGAAGAACAGUAGAGACGAAGGAGACAACAAGAACAACAAGAGGCAGAGAGCGGCCUUGGAGCUGCUGGAGUCAGAGAGAGUCUACGUGUCUCACCUGUCUCUGUUACUCAAGGCCAACAUCUCCUUCAACGGAUCCGACGCACUCACCACAAAGGACAAACGUUCUUUCCCGAGCUCUCUGCGGUUCCUCAUCCAGCAGCACUUGGAGCUCUUACACACUUUACAGGAGCGAGUGCUCAAGUGCCAGUGGCAAGGCAUCAUGGGAGAUGUUUUUAUGAGGCUCACAAGCAAAGAGAGCGAUUUCUUGGAUUUUUAUGUUUCGUACCUGAAAGAGCUUCCUGACUGUCUCUCCGUCAUCAGUAUGGUGACCUCCGGGUCCAUUAAGUCUUCUUUGUUAGAGAGUGAUGUUCUGGGCGAUGAGUCAAAGCCGUCCCUCUACUCCCUACUGCUUCAGCCGGUGCAGAGGAUCCCCGAGUACCUCCUCCUCCUGCAGGGGCUGUUGAGGCAGACGGAGGCGGAGCACCCGGACUACUUCUUGCUGCUUGUGUCAAUUCAACAGUUCAGAUCAUUUACGGCUCAGUAUCACCACCUGCUGCAGCACAACCAGGAGCUACUACUGCACAACCGCAAAGAGAUCAAGAGGGAGCAGGCCAAGAGGAACAAGCAGCGUCUCCUGGAGCAGAUGCAGACUCGCCGUUUUCCUGACUGGGACCACGAUCACGACCCGGAACGUUACGUGCCGGAGUGGGCCUCACAGCUGCCGUUUUUCAACACGGACAUGGACUCAAGACACAAAUCACCAGGCAGUGCCCAGACUCACAGCAAUGGUAAAGGAACAGUUUAUUCCCCAGUGAACCAGUUAAUCGACCUCUGGCUUUCAGGUCUGGGCAGUAUCCCCGAGAGCGAAGUGUCUUGCCAGCUCCGUGGGACCCCUCUCCAAGGACCCCCCGCCCCCUCAGCCAUGGCCGACGCCCUGGGGGAGUACCUGCUGCUACCCCCCGACCCGCCCGGGAUGGAGAGCCUGUACGAGGAGGACAGAGGCUCGCUGCACGACGUGUCCAUGUUCGACCGCUGCUCCUCCGCCUCCUCAGACUCCUCCAUUGACAUCGCCUUCGUCAAGUGUCCCAAAGCCCCCUCUGCCGCCCCCCGCGCCGCGCCGGUAAACGUCCUGUCCCCACGCGACCUCUACGGCAACGGAGUCAGCCCGGGAAACGGCUACAGCAAGCUACUCAACAGAGGCUGCGUGUCUCCAGAUGAAGCCAUUCUGAUGCGUCGCAAUCAGCCACGCCCCCUGCAGGCCAGUCAGAGGAAGAGCAAGUCCCUGAACGGCCUGCAGCUGGAGAACACGGUCAGCGGCGGCGUGGAUAACGGGCAUCUGUCGGACAACCUCCAGAGGGCAGCACUGGGGAGCCACGCCAAACUGGAACGCCAAAGCAGCAAAGGCAGUAAAGGGUGUCCCACUCCAUCCCGCAAGAUCCAGAGCCCAACGGUGAAUAAAACAGACGCCGACAAACAGAUCGACGACGUGCACGGCCUCCCCAGCAUCGACUCUGCUCUUCAGUCCUGGAGCGAAGAGCUGAGGUGGAGAGGAGAUGAAGGGAGUCACACCUCUUUUACUGACAGGAAUCGGAAACAGGAGAAAGGUGGAUUCAGGAGCUCCUUCAAGAAACUCUUCAAGAAGAAAAGCAGCGAUGAGAAGAAGGAGAAAGGAGGUGAUAAAACCCCUGACAGUCUAAACGGGGAGCACGAGAAGAGCGCCAAACUGGUCCACCUUGAGGUCACCCGUGGGACUGCAGUGUGAACGCGGCUGACGACACUUUGUAAAUCCUUUUUGUAUUAGUAAAUCUUAUCAAGCUGUAUCUGGAUCCUGUAAGUUUUAGUACAAGGAUGCCGUUUAUUUUUCCUUUCGCUUCAGUAUUUUCAGCAGUAUCAGAAAGUGUGUAUUUUAUGCACCAGCACCAGUUCUCGCUCCUGCGUUUGUAGAAGUUUUUGUUGUUGUUCUGUGGAAAUAGACCAUUUUUAUUUG